UCCUGCAUAGUGCCAUGAUGAACUGUCGCUCCAGCAAGGCAACGGUACGACCAGCCAGCAAGAGCACCGAAAUGAAGGGCAGCUCACAAGUGCAUCUCUUUCUGCUCUGGUGUUGCCUGUCUGCUUUGCCUUUAAGUUCAGGUUCUCCACAUCACUUCCAAGACUAUUUUGAAGAAUGGGACAAUAACAAUGCAGAGAAUUUGGCUUUGUGUUUCAGUCAUUGGAGGGCACUUCAGACACAGCCUCAGCUCACUAAAUUUGUUAUGGACUUUUGCAAUACCAUCCUACAAAAUAUGCCAAGAACUGAGGGUGAUGAUAGUAUGGGUAUGUAUAAAAGAUUUUUAUUUCAUUACUCCAAAACGCAAACACCACAUCUGAAAAAUGCAUUGUCUGCUGUGCACCCAUUACUCCAUCUUGCUCCAAAGCUUUCUGAAAGAAGAAUGGAUAGAUCUCUUGAUUCAAAGCAACAGCCUGCACAAAACAGAAUAUAUAAAAAGCCUCGUAAUGGAAGAACUUUUGAUGUGUAUUCACAACAAACAAAACAUCAUCUGAAACGUAUAUUCUUUGGAAUAACCCCUGAGGCAUAACAGAACAAUUACAAGCUUCAGUGGACCUUCAUCCCUUGAAAGUGUCUAAUAAUCAUUAACUAUAAGCAGGCUGUAACUUUGGACAAUUUGUGGUAAAUCACAAGAUAUUGUAAUAUGCUGCUGAAAAUUAGAGAUGUGCUUUCUA